AUGUUCGGCUGGACCGUUGAGGAGUGGAAAAGCUUCCAUUUUUCAGCCACCCCAGACAAGUCGCUAACAAAACUUCACGAGCUCUUGGGCUCCCAGAAAUGUGCUCCAGAGGACCCGGCGUGGAUCUCGUUGGUGCUGCCGGAAGACUUGGACCACCAGUGGAGCUUUCUCCAGUCGCAUUCGAAAAAACGCCUGCUUCCUCUUUACGGUGUUCCUGUGGCUGUCAAGGACAAUAUCGACACAAGGCUUUUGCCCACCACGGCAGCAUGCCCGUCUUUCUCAUAUCAGCCGCAGGAGGACGCCACCACGGUGCUGCUUUUGAGAAACGCAGGUGCCAUUAUUAUCGGAAAAACCAACCUUGACCAGUUUGCAACCGGUCUUGUGGGUACCAGAUCGCCAUAUGGCAUUACUCCCAACACAUUCAACAAGGACUAUGUUUCGGGCGGUUCUUCUGCUGGAUCGGCCUCGGUGGUGGCCAGAGGCAUUGUUCCGGUCGCUUUGGGCACCGAUACCGCCGGUUCAGGCCGUGUUCCUGCUGCAUUGAACAACUUGAUUGGCUUGAAACCCACAAAGGGCGUUUUUUCUGCCCACGGCGUGGUUCCAGCGUGCAAGUCGCUUGACUGUGUGUCCAUUUUCGCCAUGAACCUCCAGGACGCCCAGCUCACAUUCAACAUUUUGGCCCACGAGGAUCCAACCAAGGACGGCUACUCCAGACCCAUGCCACAGAACCCCAAGUUGACUUUUGGCAGUGCUCCCAAAGUCGGUGUUCCUACCAAAUUGUUGUGGUGUGGUGAAGAGGAAAACCCCAAGCUUUACGAAAAAGCCGUUUCCACUUUGGAAAAAGCCGGUGCUACGCUAUCUGCGGUGGAUAUCCAGCCGCUUCUCGAUUUGGCCAGGUACCUCUACGAAGGCGCCUGGGUCGCCGAGAGAUACUGGGCCAUGAAGGAUUUUUACGCCUCCAGUCCUCCUCAAAAAGAUUUGGACCCCACGGUUGCAAAAAUCAUCCAGGGCGCAGAAAACAUGCCUGCUACUACGGCCUUCGAAUACGAGUACAAGCGCCAGGCUGUGGUGCAGAAAAUCACACCUAUUUUGGAGGAAAUUGACGUUAUCGUUGUACCUACAGCCCCAUUGACGCCGAAGAUCGCCGAUGUCCAGGCCGAGCCGGUCAAAAUCAACUCGUGCCAGGGUACAUACACCAACUUUGUCAACCUCGCCGAUUUGAGUGCCUUGAGUGUUCCCGCUGGGUUCAGAACCAGCGACGGCGUGCCUUUUGGCGUGACGUUCCUUUCCCAAAAAUUCAACGACUACGCUCUUUUGGACUUUGCCGCUCGCUACAUGAAAGCAUACUCUGCUGAGGUGCCUCGCUUCUAUGGGUGCCUCAAGGAAAAGCAAAUCAACACCGCUACCGUCCACGAUUUGCUCCACCACCGUACGGAGCUUCCAGCUCCAGUACUCAAAAACACCAUCAAAUUGGCCGUGGUCGGUGCCCACCUCAAAGGAUUCCAGUUGCACUGGCAGCUCCAGAAAGUGCGUGCUCUGUUUGUGGAGCUGACCACCACCGCAGAAUCAUACAAACUCUAUGCCUUGCCGAAAACCGGGCCUGUGGCCAAACCGGGCUUGAGAAGAGUGUCCAAAGGCGGCAAGAAAAUUGCCAUUGAGAUCUACGAGGUUCCCGCCGAGACGUUUGGCCAGUUUAUUGCAUUUGUGCCUGAGCCUUUGGGCAUAGGGUCUGUGGAGACGGCUUCUGGCGAGUGGAUCAAGUCGUUCAUUUGUGAAGAAUCGGGCUAUCUUGCUGAAGGUACCACCGACAUUACAGAAUUCGGCGGCUGGAAAAACUACCACCAACAUCUUGACGCUGAGGCCAAAAAGACCCCCAAACCGUUCAAAUCGGUGCUUGUGGCCAACAGAGGAGAAAUCGCCGUCCGGAUCAUGAAAACGUUGAGACGCAUGAAGAUCAAGGCCAUUGCCGUGUACUCCGACCCAGACAAGUACGCUGAGCAUGUGGUGAUGGCGGACCAGGCGGUCCCACUUAACGGUGUUCUGGCUGCUGAAACAUAUAUCCACAUGGACAAGAUUUUUGCAGCCGCCAAGAAGAGUGGUGCCGAGGCCAUUAUUCCCGGCUACGGCUUUCUUUCUGAAAACGCCGAUUUUGCUGAUCGCUGUGGAAAAGAGGGCAUCGUGUUUGUGGGACCUUCUGGUGAUGCCAUCAGAAAGCUUGGACUCAAGCACUCUGCCAGAGAAAUUGCCCAAAAAGCCGGUGUUCCUUUGGUCCCCGGAUCGGGUCUUGUUACCGACGCCAAGGAGGCCAGAAAAGUGGCUGCCCAGUUGGAGUACCCUGUGAUGGUGAAGUCCACUGCUGGAGGUGGAGGCAUUGGAUUGCAGAAGGUGGACUCCGAGGAGGACAUCGAGAGGGUUUUCCAGACGGUGCAGCACCAGGGCAAGUCGUAUUUCGGCGAUUCUGGCGUGUUCUUGGAAAGAUUUGUGGAAAACGCCAGACAUGUGGAGAUCCAGAUGGUUGGUGAUGGUUACGGUAAAGCUUUGGCCAUUGGCGAGCGUGACUGUUCUCUCCAGAGAAGAAACCAGAAAAUUAUUGAGGAAACACCUGCUCCUAAUCUUCCAGAAGCCACAAGACAGCGUAUGAGAACAGCUGCCGAGUCCUUGGGCUCUCUUUUGCACUACAAGUGUGCCGGCACGGUCGAGUACAUCUACGACGAGAAAAGAGACGAGUUCUACUUUUUGGAGGUCAAUGCCCGUUUGCAGGUGGAGCACCCCAUCACGGAAAUGGUCACCGGGCUCGAUUUGGUCGAGUGGAUGUUGCUUAUUGCUGCUGACACUCCACCCGAUUUUUCGCAGCCAAUCGUCGUGAAAGGUGCUUCCAUGGAAGCCAGACUCUAUGCUGAAAACCCCGUCAAGGGCUUCAUGCCUUCGCCAGGCCAGCUUACCGAGGUCAGUUUCCCGUCUUUUGCCCGUAUCGACGGCUGGGUGCAAAAAGGUACCGUUGUUUCUGGAGAGUACGAUCCCACCUUAGCCAAGAUCAUUGUUCAUGGUGAGGACAGAGACGAGGCGUUGCAGAAGCUCCGGUGGGCGCUUAACGAAACCGUUGUUUCCGGCUGCAUCACCAACAUCGACUACCUUCGUUCCAUUGCCAACUCGCAGAUGUUCGAAACAGCCAAGGUCUCUACCAAGGUGCUUGAUUCGUACGACUACUGCCCCACGGCUAUGGAGAUUCUUACCCCUGGCGCCUACACCACCGUUCAGGACUUUCCUGGCAGAAAGGGCUACUGGCACAUUGGUGUUCCUCCUUCUGGAUGCAUGGACGAGUAUGCUUUCCGUAUGGCCAAUAGAGCAGUAGGAAACGACGCUGCUGCUCCUGGGCUUGAGAUGACGCUUAGCGGACCAAAGAUUGUAUUCCACCACAGCGCCAUUGUGGCUGUUACCGGAGGUGAUGUUGCGGUUACUGUGAACGACCAGCCUGUGGGUCAAUGGAAGCCUUUGGAGCUCAAGAAGGGCGAUAUCUUGGGUGUGGGAAAACUCGACACCGGCUGCAGAGCCUACCUUGCCAUUAGAGGCGGCAUUGACGUCACAGAGUACCUUGGAUCGAGAUCCACUUUCGCCUUGGGCAAUUUGGGCGGCUACAAUGGUCGUACUUUGCGUCUUGGAGAUGUGCUCUUUUUGGGCCAGCCCGAACUCCCCAGCUGCACCCUCCCCAUGCCCAUUAGUGCUCCCGUGGAAAUUCCAAGAGCCCUUGUGCCUUCGUACCAGUACAACAAGGACAAUGCAUGGCAGGUAGGUGUGACUUGUGGACCUCACGGAUCCCCAGACUUCUUCACCCAGGAAGCCGUCCAGGAAUUCUUCUCCAGCGAGUGGAAGGUCCACUACAAUUCCAACAGGUUUGGUGUUCGUCUUAUUGGACCUAAGCCCAAGUGGGCCAGAAAAGACGGUGGUGAAGCUGGUUUGCACCCAUCCAAUGCUCACGACUAUGUUUACUCGCUUGGAGCCAUUAAUUUUACCGGUGACGAGCCUGUCAUUUUGACCUGCGACGGUCCUUCUUUGGGUGGUUUCGUGUGUGAGGCCGUUGUGGCCGAGGCUGAAAUGUGGAAGAUUGGUCAGGUCAAACCAGGCGAUCUGAUCAAGUUUGUUCCGCUUUCUUACGAUACCGCCAAGGACAUGAAGGUGAGCCAGGAUAAGGUUGUGGAGACUUUGGAGGGCGAGAUUCCUUCUUUUGAACAAAAACAGCUUUCUGCUCCCGAGGACCCCGUUUUGGCUUGUAUCCCAGCAGACGGCACUUCCCCUAAAAUAGUGUACCGUCAAGCCGGAGACCGUUACAUUUUGGUGGAGUACGGCGAAAACAACAUGGAUUUUAACUUGGCCUUCAGAAUCCACAAGUUGAUCGAGAUGGUUGGCGAAAGAGGCGUCAAGGGCAUUGUGGAAAUGUCCCGUGGUGUGAGGUCCGUGUUAAUCGAAUACAACGAGAAAAUCAGCCAGGCCGAUUUGGUGAAAACCUUGCUAGCGCUUGAAAAAGAGAUUGUUUUCACCAACAAGUGGAAGGUUCCUUCCCGUGUGAUCAAAUUGCCCAUGGCGUUCGAAGACAAAAAGACGUUGGAUGCUGUCAAGAGAUACUCCGAGACCAUCCGCUCUGAGGCACCCUGGUUGCCCAACAACGUGGACUUUAUUGCCUCCAUCAACGGCAUCGAAAGGUCUUCCGUCAGAGACAUGUUGUACACUGCUAGGUACAUGGUUUUGGGACUCGGUGACGUCUUUUUGGGUGCUCCUUGUGCCGUUCCCUUGGACCCAAGACACCGUUUGUUGGGAACCAAAUACAAUCCUUCCAGAACUCACACACCCAACGGAUGUGUGGGUAUCGGUGGUUCCUACAUGUGUAUCUACACCAUGGACUCGCCUGGUGGAUACCAAUUGGUGGGCAGAACGGUUCCUAUCUGGGAUAAGUUGACCUUGGGUGCACAUUCGCUGAAACCGUGGUUGUUGAACCCAUUUGACCAGGUUGAGUUCUACCCUGUUUCUGAGGAGGAGCUCGACACUCUUACGGAGGAGAUGUCUGCUGGUAAGUACCCUGUUGAGAUCAUCGACUCCGUGUUUGACCACGAACAGUACAUCCGCUGGAUUCAGGAAAACAGCGAGUCUAUCGAGGCUUUCCACAAGACCCAAGGUGGAGAGAAGAUGGAGGAGUUCAGCCGUUUGAUCCAGGUUUCGAACGCCGAAUUGGCUUCUGGAAAAACGGGCCCUGAGUUGAGUGAAGAGGACCAGUUUGACGAAAACGCCGAAAUGGUUUAUUCUGAAUAUUCCGGUCGUUUCUGGAAAUCCUUGGUGGCUCCUGGCGACGAGGUGAAGAAGGGCCAGGCACUUAUCGUGGUGGAAGCCAUGAAAACCGAAAUGAUGGUUGUGGCCACCAGAGGCGGUAAAGUCGCCAAGAUCAUGCACAAGAACGGAGACAUGGUCGAUGCCGGUGACCUUGUUGCUGUGAUAGAAAAAACCGAUAAUAUGGCUGACAAAAUGAGUAUGGCCGUGGCGUCGCUCCAGCCGGAGCAAUGGACGGCGUCACUGAACGAAGCCUUGGCUAUUUUUGUCACCGAUACCCAAGGCAAAGCCCACAACUUUAGCCCACUUUUCACCUACCCUAUCUUUGGCGACGCCGAGACCAUUUUCGGGUUCCAGGGCCUCCGUAUUUUCUUAUGCUUUGACCUGGUGACGUUCUUGCCAUUUUUAAACGUCAAGUACGAGAACAAGCUUCCAGACAUCGAGGUGGACCCCAAAACCAAGUUGCUCGAGCUUUUGCCAGAACUGACCGUGUACAAGGACGAGGCCAAGUGGAGAGACACUAUCGAAGAAGAGCAGAAGAACUUCGAAAUUCCUGGUGAAAAAGUUGGCUCGGACUUCACUAAAGGUGGCGAGCUGUUUGCCAUUUAUAAGCUCGACUUGAGCUCACCUAGAGGUGUGGAGUUGCACAAGAGACUCCAGAUUUUGGUGCUUUUAUUUAUAGAGGCCGGCACCUACAUCGACUCCAAGGACCCCUUGUGGGACCUUUACGUCAUGUACAACACGACCAACCCAAAACUUCCCGAGGUUGUUGGUUUUGCAACCGCAUACAACUACUGGGUGUACCCGGGUCUGGCCGACUUUGACGCGGGCGUGAAGAAAACCCGUAAGAAGAUUUCACAGUUUGUGGUGUUGCCCAACCUUCAAGGCAAGUCUCUUGGUGGAGAGCUCUACGAGAGAUUGUACAAGUUCUGGUUAGAGGACGAGCGUGUGGUUGAAAUUGUCGUGGAGGACCCCAAUGAGAGCUUCGAUGACUUGAGAGACCGUGUUGACUUCAGUCGACUUGUCAAAGACGGCAAGAUUGACUUGACCGAUUUGAGUUUGGACAAGGUGAACGAAUCGUGGAUCAAGGACUUUAAGCAGCGUGAAAAACUCGAGAAGCGCCAGCUUCUGCGAUUGCUUGAGAUGUUCUUCUUGUAUCAAUUGAAAAAUGGACCUGUCAAGCCAUCUAAAAAGGCUGUCAGGCUUUUCAUCAAACGCAGACUUUUUGAAAAGAACAAGGAAGCUCUCAGCGGGCUUGAUGAACCCACGCGUCUCGAUAAGUUGCAAACUGCAUACGAAUCGUUAGAGGCGGAUUAUUACCGUAUCUUAGAGCCGCUUGACGUAAACACGAAACGCCCAAUUGAGGGUGGGUCCGGAAACGAGUCAACUGCAAAGAAACAGAAGAAGGAAUAA